AUGGGUGUGGUCUCUACGAGUGCCAUGCUCUCACAGGUGGUUUUUCUUUUGAACUUUGUUACUCUGACACUUGGCCAGUAUGACAUAUGCAAGUCGCUGGUUAGUACGGACGAUGGACCAACAUGGGAGUUUUACGCGUGCCAGCCCAAACCCAUGGCUAUGAAGGAGUUCAUGCAAAUUAGGGUGGAUCCUCCUGGCAUCACUUGCGGCAACCCCCCAGAGAGGUUCUGUACUCUGGUAAGUUUAAGUUUUAAUUCAAUUGGUGUAACACCAGCACUAGUUUAAUACUUACAUGAUUUUUAUAGGCCUACACUCUGUUGAAGUUUUGUCUAUAUAGCAGAAAUCAAAAAGAGUGAUGAAAACUGACAUGGAAGGUUUUCUAGAAAUUAGGAUAUCGGUAGGGUAUCUGAUCCUAGAUUUGAGAUAAGGAGAAACUUUGAUCUAGAACAAGAUGGAAGGAAUAUGUACAUUUUCUAUGAGACAACUCAGGACAGAAGAGUUUAAAACUACUUUCAGUAGGCUACUUGUUAUUAUAGUGAAAAUGUCAACAAAAGACUUCAAGACACAAUUACAUUUAUUUUGGAAUCACUGCCUCAAUAGAUACAAUACAUGGCCAAAGGUAUGUGGACACCUGCUCGUCGAACGUCUCAUUCCAAAAUCAUGGGCAUUAAUAUGGAGUUGGUCACCCGUUUCAUGCUAUAACAGCCUCCACUCUUCUGGAAAGGCUUUCCACUACAUGUUGGAACAUUGCUGCAAGGACUUGCUUCCAUUCAGCCACAAGAGCAUUAGUGAGGUCGGCCACUGAUGUUGGGAGAUUUGGCCUGGCUCGCAGUCUGCGUUCCAAUUCAUCCCAAAGGUGUUCGAUGGGGUUGAGGUCAGGGCUCUGUGCAGGCCAGUCAAGUUCUUCCACACCGAUCUUGGCAAAUCAUUUCUGUAUGGACCUCGCUUUGUGCACGGGGGCAUUGUUAUGCUGAAACAGGAAAGGGCCUUCCCCAAACUGUUGCCAAAAAGUUGGAAGCACAGAAUCGUCUAGAAUGUCAUUGUAUGCUGUAGAAAAACAGCCCCAGACCAUUAUUCCUCCUCCACCAAACUUUACAGUUGUCACUAUGCAAUGGGGCACGUAGCGUUCUCCUGGCAUCCGCCAAACCCAUAUUCAUCUGUCGGACUGCCAGAUGGUGAAGCGUGAUUCAUCACUCCAGAGAACGCAUUUCCACUGCUCCAGAUUCCAAUGGUGGUGAGCUUUACACCCCUCCAGCUGGCACUUGGCAUUGCGCAUAGUGAUCUUAGGCUUGUGUGCGGUUGCUUGGCCAUGGAAACCCAUUUCAUUAAGCUCCCAACUAACAGUUAUUGUGCUGACUUUGCUUCCAGAGGCAGUUUGGAACUCAGUAGUGCGUGUUGCAACCGAGGACAGACGAUUUUUACGCGCUUCGGCACUCGGCGUUCCCAUUCUGUGAGCUUGUGUGGCCUACCACUUUGCGGCUUAGCCGUUGUUGCUCCUAGACAUUUCCACUUCACAAUAACAGCACUUACAGUUGACCGGGGCAGCUCUAGCAGGGCAGACAUUUGAAAAACUGACUUGUUGUAAAGGUGGCAUCCUAUGAGGGUGCCACGUUGAAAGUAACUGAGCUCUUCAGUAAGGCAAUUCUACUACCAAUGUUUGUCUGUGGAGAUUGCAUGGCUGUGUACUCGAUUUGAUAAACCUGUCAGCAAUGGGUGUGGCUGAAAUAGCCAAAUCCACUCAUUUGAAGGGGUGUCCACUAGCAAGUCUCUUUGUUUGGUUACCAUGGCAACUACUGUAGCUAUCCAGUAAACUUGCUACUACUUCAGCAACCUGGUCUCAUAAACUAGACGUAACAUAGUAAAUGUAAAUCUGGGACACUCAAAUUAGUGUGAUACACUGACCAAAAGUAUGUGGACACCUGCUCGUCGAACGUCUCGUUCCAAAAUCAUGGGCAUUAAUGUGGAGUUGGUCCCUUCUUUGCUUCUAUAAUAGCCUCCACUCUUCUGGGAAGGCUUUCCACUAGAUGUUGGAACAUUGCUGCAGGGACUUGCUUCCAUUCAGCCACAAGAGCGUUCCUAGAGUGAUCUGACCACUCAUCUUAUGGAAAGGUAAACGUGCCAUUAGUGGCCCAUUACCAAAAGGCCUACCCCAUAUAUCUAGAGACACAGUCACAUAUUUAGACUUGCCAUGACUCUCACAGUGCAAUCUGAUACAGUGUUCUGUAGCCUAUGUUACAUCAAUGACAUGUUAUGUACUUUAGAUAUUGAAGGAGUGCACUCAAUUGACAACUUUUUCAUGCUUUCCUUUCGGAAAGCAACUUCAUUGAUUAGAAUAAGCCAUCCCCAGACUGAGUAUGUUGGCUUUCGUUGGAAAGCUUUCCGGCUCAUGAAUGAUUUAGAGCACAUUUCAGCCACUAGGCCCACAGGAGAUGCCGUUGCAUUUAUACUCAGUGCUUUGCCCCCCUCCCUGCCAUGCAUGAUGUUAGCUGGUGCUGGGAGUGGGAGUGCACUCUGUAUGUAGCAUUGUUUAAUGAGAAGAGGAGGGAAGGAGGGAGGGAGGGAGCUAAGCAAAAUGACAAAUCUCGACCCACUACUGAUGUAAUUAUACACACAUUGAAAGACAGAGAGGAGACAGACACUGUCCAUAAGUGAAGUGAGGCAUCACUGCCACUCUCCAUCCUAUGUGCUCAAAUUAUUAAUUACAAGUACUCUUUUCAACAGUAAUGGUCGCAACAUAUUAGAUAUAAUCCUGCCUCACAUUGCAUUUGCCCAUUUUAGAAUGCACAAACAGACGGAACUAAAAAAAGCAGUGCAGAUUACAGCACAGCAGUGGAGUGCGCUAUAGUAAGGAUUCAAAUUUGGUACACUAUUUGCAGUAGGUUAAAAUGCAUGUUUAGAUUAGAUCAUGUGAGGAUAUGUCACCAUAUUUAUCCUACCGGUGUAGAGUUACUGUAAUGUCACAAAGGUGCAGCGUUGGUCAGUUUUGUCCUGUGUCAUGAAUUUUACAUGAGUCCUGGCAGCUUCAGCCCCCCUCCUGUGCUCCCAAAGGGUAGCGAUUUCAUCCCGUUUCGCUAUGCCCACAUGCAAUAAUCUCCAUCUGCCUGUUUUCAUGUCACUGCAGGUCUUGGAGUAUUCUUCAAAUUAAAUUGUUCGUAUGGUAAUCCUCUAUGUCAUCCUUUCAGGGAAUUACAAGAUUUUUCGGAAAAGGUUUUUGAUUGAUUACAUUCCGAUGUAUGCUCAUGAUCUGAACAGCCUUUUUAUAGUGCUAUGAACAUCAUACAGUGUGAAAUGGUGUGUGUGUGUGUAGAUUAAAAGACAGUAGGCAGUGGCCCAUGCUGGGACAGGUGAGGGUCUUGUUUUGUCUCUCGUAUAAUUAGGCUGCUGUUUUCCAGAUGUUGUAUCAGGAGCUUCCUUCAAUGUAAUUAAGUCAAGCAGGAAAAGAGAGGAAACACAUCUCACUAGGUGAGGGAAUAGCAGCCCUAAACACUAGCUUCCCAUACAGUACAUAGCUCAUGGCUCCCCAUCUACACCAAUGCAGUUGGGCAUUUUUGUGGACUGUGGUACCGUCCAAAUCUCUGGGCUGUACUGGCUCAACUGGCGUUCUCGUUUUAUCGUCCUGGUCCUCUCGUCUCCUUUUACAUGACCUCUCCUCUCCAUUUCUGCUACACACACUUUCUUGUCUCUUCCUUAUCCCUCCCAUCUAUUUCGGUCAGUGCAGUUCCACAGAUGUCCUUCUGAUUGGACUUAACAAUGUCGACUGGCCUCUGACUCAGUGAAUUAACUGGCCAGGUCAUCUUCAGGGGAGAGGUCAGUGAUCCCCAGCCACUCGCAGUCAGGGUGACCCUCAUCAACAGAGCUGCCUUCAUAAUGCCAUCAAACCACAGCUUAAAGGGGAGAUCAGUGGAGGGCUUCCACUCUAGCAGAGAGGAAAAACCCUCUGUUAUCGUUGAGGAUAGAAUGUUGGAAUGUCUCAAAAACACACAAGAAACCUAUUGGUCAGUGAAAGGGGAUCAAGGUGUGCGGUUCUCCUCCAGUGUGUGUGUGUGUGUGUGUGUGUGUGUGUGUGUGUGUAAGAGAGGGGGAUCCAUUCUGAAUUCCCUGCGGGCUGUCACUAAGAAGUGGGCAAACAGUCUGCUUAGCGCUGGGUUGCUCUUUAACUGUGACAGGAAUCCAGUGUGGAUAAUUGCUGGAGCGGUUUAGUGGUGAAAGCCACCUGGUGUAGCAGUUGGACUGGAUUUGUGUGCUCUGUGGAAGGAGGCAAGGAUUGUGGGCUAAAGGUAGAGGAAGCUGAGGCUCUGGCUUGGGCACCUGUUGUGUGUGGUUCUCGUAACACCAUUGACAUAAAGGGGAAAGAAUAUACACUACAUGAUCAAAAGUAUGUGGACACCUCCUUGUCGAACAUCUCAUUCCAAAAUCAUGUGCAUUAAUAUGGAGUUGGUCCCCCCUUUGCUGCUAUAACAGUCUCCACUCUUCUGGGAAGGCUUUCCACUAGAUGUUGGAACAUUGUUGCUGCGGGGACUUGCUUCCAUUCAGCCACAAGAGCAUUAGUGAGGUUGGGCACUGAUGUUGGGGCGAUUAGGCCUGGCUCGCAGUCGCCGUUCCAAUUCAUCCCAAAGGUGUUUGAUGGGGUUGAGGUCAGGGCUCUGUGCAGGCCAGUCAAAUUCUUCCACACCGAUCUCAGCAAACCAUUUCUGUAUGGACCUCAUUUUGUGCACGGGGCAUUGUUAUGCUGGAACAGGAAAGGGCCUUCCCCAAACUGUUGCCACAAAGAUGGAAGCACAGAAUCGUCUAGAAUGUCACUGUAUCCUAUAGUGUUAAGAUUUCCCUUCACUGAAACUAAGGGACCUAGCCCGAACCAUGAAAAACAGCCCCAGACCAUUAUUCCUCCUCCAACAAACUUUACAGUUGGCACUAUACAUUGGGGCAGGUAGCGUUCUCCUGGCGUCUGCCAAACUCAGAGGGUGAAGUGUGAUUCAUCACUCCAAAGAACGCGUUUCCACUGCUCCAGAGUCCAAUGGCGGCAAGCUUUACACCACUCCAGCCAGCGCUUGGCUUCUCAGCCAUGGAAACCCAUUUCAUGAAGCUCCCAGAGGCAGUUUGGAACUCAGUAGUGAGUGUUGCAACCGAGGACAGACGAUUCAGCACUCGACGGUCCCGUUCUGUGAGCUUGUGUGGCCUACCACUUGGUGGCUGAACCAUUGUUGCUCCUAGACUUUUCCACUUUACAAUAACAGCACUUACAGUUGACCAGGGAAGCUCUAGCAGGGCAGAAAUGUGACGAACUGACUUGUUGGAAAGGUGGCAUCCUAUUAACGUGCCACGUAUUAAGUCACUGAGCUCUUUAGUAAGGCCAUUCUACUGCCAAUAGCCUACCUGGAGUGCCAUUUUUGGAAUUUUCUAUUGGUUAAAUUGCAACAGGCAAGCUCAAUCAAGCACAGAUACAGUAUUUGAGAUCAUUUCGAAUGGAAACCGUGUGGGUGAGGAUGACUGUUGGUGACAAGACGUGUGACAGUUUGCACUCAGGUAUACCAAUGUGACACAUUAACACUGGGAUUUAGAGGUCAGGGAUGACCACAUGGCAGGCAACCCCCCAUGUUAAUCCAUUCUGUGUGUAAUCCAUGUGUGUCAGUAGAGCAGUGUUACAGGUUAAGGGUAAAGUGAAACAUCUACGACACUCUUGAAGCUAUAUAUUGUCUGACAUUUAGGUAUGCAACGCAUUUCAGUAGUCUCUCUGAUCUUUUUUGGAGUGAUGAUGUAAUUUGAUUCAAUGCAACACUGUAAUUUACAAUGUGCAUUAAAUGAGUGCCAUUAUAACCCGAUUAUGUGCAAUUAUUACCCUGUAUGUAGGAAUCCCCAGAUGGCUAUCCACCAAACAGAGCUCACAAACUGUUUAAUGGGGACAUAUGCUGAGCAUGUUAACAUGUUGGGACAAGCACACAGACAUGGUCUCAGGGGGACCUGAGGUUGGCCAGAUUGUUUUGGAAAAUCUGUUGUUUCCCGGUUGUUUCAUGUUGCGUGGGUGUAUUUUUUGGUGGGGCUAGUAGCCUAUAUAAGAUAAUGAUAAUUUUGACUUAUUUCUCAUUAGCAAAGGCAUCCAAAGAACCAAGAAAUACCAUAAAAACAUCAGUUGUAUAGUCUACUUUGAGCAUGUGGGAACCUUUAGGGAGUAAUUCCUAUAAAUCAUAUAUUCUAUGCUGAAUAUUAACAAAGAACUCACUCAGUGUGGAUUUAGAAUGUUAACAAAUGAUGAGCUAGUAAAUGUGCACUAUUUUCUAAAGGGGAAGGGAGACUAACAGUGUUUUCCAACACUGAUCAGUUGUCUUUUCCCCCGUUCCCUCUUUCAGGAGAACCCGUACCUGUGUAGUGACGAGUGUGACUCCUCCAACCCGGACCUGGCUCACCCUCCCCAGCUGAUGCAGGACCGUGAGCGCAGUGGCCUCAUCACCUACUGGCAGACGGUGACGUGGAGCCGCUUCCCGGAGCCCCUGCUGGCCAACAUCUCCCUGGCCUGGAACAAGAGCCUGGAGCUGACCAACGACAUUCAGGUCACCUUCGAGUAUGGCCGCCCCACCAUCAUGGUACUGGACAAGUCCCUAGACAAAGGGCGCACCUGGCAGCCCUACCAGUUCUACGCCGACGACUGCAUGGACGCCUUCGGCAUGCCCGCUAAGCUGGUGCAGGACCUGUCGGCCACCAACGUGACGCGGGUCAUCUGCACAGAGCAGUACUCUCGCUGGGUGGGCUCCAAGAACGAGAAGGUGCUGAGGUUCGAGGUGAUGGCACGUUUCGCUAUCUUCGCGGGGCCCAAGCUUCUCAACAUGGACAGCCUGUACACACGCAUGGAGAGUAUGAAGGGCCUGAGGGACUUCUUCACUUUCACCAACCUGAGACUGAGGCUGUUGAGGCCGGCCCUGGGGGGAACCUAUGUCCAAAGAGAAAACCUCCUCAAAUACUUCUACGCCAUUUCCAACAUAGAGGUACCAGCCAGGUAA